AUGGCGUUCCCUUUUGAGACCAAGCUACCUUGGAUUCGAUUGCCCGAACCAUACAAGACCACCUAUGACCUUCAGGUCAUUGCGGUUCAGCAUGGAGUUCGACAGUUCCAGCUUCGCCGGUCCCCUCGAUCGGACGAGGGCACGCCUCCCCCCGAGCCCCUGCACCAUGACUCCCUCAAAUUCACCGACCUCAGUCGCCCGGAUGCGACCAACACGCCGCCCGAGAGCAACAACUCCGCAUGGGCGCGAGCACAGAGAAGCCCCGUCACACAUUGGACAUGGGAUGGACAAUAUGCUCCGACGGUUGGACAGAUCUGGAACAUCAUCUAUGCGCUCCUGACGUUGCAGUCCGACUUCGAGAUCUUCCGGGUGGUGUUGGCAGGCGAAGGCAAAGAUCUUCUUGCACGAGAAUUGCAGGCUGUCGGUCUUGCCAUUGAGCAUCCUAGUCCGUCGGCACCUCCAGGCCAACCGACGCCUCACUCCCCAGACCUCUCGAGUCAAUUGGUCGUGUAUCGCAGCACCUUCUGGCAAGGAGCGGGAUCUCCCUUUGGGCCUCGGCCGGUGUGGGUGGCAGAUAGUGACAUUUAUCGCUCGCUGCGCCGUCCUCUGACUGCGUAUCCAUUGCAUCCUGUCCAGCAUACCCUGACCACCAAGUUCCCUGACGUGCGCGUGCACGCCAUUCACCCGGUUCGACCGGCCAAGCCCACCCCGGGAUCGAGGAUUUACAGCCGUUACAUCCCCCACCUCGACGAGUAUUUCUCCAUCUGGGCUCUGGAUUAUACCAACGACGAGCACCUCAAGCUAUUCAACAAAUGGCAGAACGAUCCUCGGGUCGCGCAGGGGUGGAAUGAGACCGGCACUCUGGAACAGCAUCGUGAAUAUCUGCGCAAAAUCCACGAGGACCCGCACCAGAUCACCGUGCUCGCCAAAUUCAACGACACCUUCUUCUCCUACCAUGAGAUUUACUGGGCCAAGGAGGACCACCUCGGCGCACACUAUGACGCCGACGACUGGGACCGUGGUCGCCAUUCGCUCGUCGGAGACACCCGCUUCCGUGGCCAACACCGGGUAAUGGCGUGGUGGUGCAGUCUCAUGCACUAUAUGUUCCUCGACGAUCCUCGCACCAAGUACAUCGUCGGAGAGCCCAAAUUUACCAACCUCACGCCCCUCGCCUAUGACCACGCGACGGGCUUCAACCUCCACAAGAUCGUCGACCUCCCUCAUAAGCGAUCCGCGCUGGUAAAGUGCCGUCGCGAGAAAUUUUUCCAUAUUUCGCCGUUCCGGUUCAAUGGGUCUGAUCAGCUCGAGCGCGAUCCGUUCCGUGCGUUGAAGUUGUAG